AUGGGUGACUGGAGCUUUCUGGGUAAUAUUUUAGAGGAAGUUAACGAGCACUCUACGGUGAUCGGCCGGGUGUGGCUCACGGUGCUCUUCAUCUUCCGUAUCCUCAUCCUGGGCACGGCGGCAGAGUUUGUGUGGGGCGAUGAACAGUCCGACUAUGUCUGCAACACGCAGCAGCCCGGAUGUGAGAAUGUGUGCUACGACGAGGCCUUCCCCAUCUCCCACAUCCGCCUGUGGGUGCUGCAGAUCAUCUUUGUGUCCACACCGUCUCUAGUGUACGUGGGUCACGCCGUGCACCAUGUCCACAUGGAGGAGAAGCGAAAAGAGCGUGAGGAGGCAGAACUUAGCCGACAGCAGGAGCUGAGUGAGGAGCGUCUCCCUCUGGCACCCGAUCAGGGAAGCGUCCGCACCACGAAGGAGACGAGCACAAAGGGGAGCAAGAAGUUCAGGCUGGAGGGCACCCUGCUGAGGACCUACAUCUGCCACAUCAUCUUCAAGACACUGUUUGAGGUGGGCUUCGUGGUGGGCCAGUACUUCCUGUAUGGCUUCCGCAUCCUGCCGCUGUACAAAUGCAGCCGCUGGCCCUGCCCCAACACGGUGGACUGCUUUGUGUCUCGCCCCACGGAGAAGACUGUCUUCAUCAUCUUCAUGUUGGCUGUGGCCUGUGUCUCACUCUUCCUCAACUUUGUGGAGAUCAGUCACCUGGGCCUGAAGAAGAUUCGCUUUGUGUUUCGUAAACCGGCCCCGGCCCCAGCGCAAGGCGAAGGCACGGCCCCCCUGCCGCCACAAGGGAAGAGCCUGCCCCCCCUGGCUGUGCCCUCCCUGCAGAGAGCGAAAGGUUACAGGCUUCUGGAGGAGGAGAAAACUCCCAUAACUCACCUCUACCCGCUGACUGAGGUGGGCAUGGAGGCUGGCAGAGGGGCCCCACCCUUGCUGCAUAAAGUGUAUGAAGAGACUCUGCCCUCCUACGUGCAGACCACUGAGACAGGGGGGGUGACAUUACAUGAGGAGGUGCAGCCGGCAGAGGUGGAAGAAAAGAAAGCGGAGGAGGUAGUGGAUGAGGAUGUGGAGGUAGAGGAGGCGGUGAACGGGGAGGGGGUAACUCCAGCCGAGGCAGGGAUGGAGGCCACGGAUACGAUAGAAGACACCAGACCGCUGAGCCGACUGAGCAAAGCAAGCAGCAGGGCCAGGUCAGACGAUCUCACCGUAUGA